AUGGCCUCCGCAGCUGUCCAGGAUGUCCAGCGAAUCCAAACUGAGCAGCUGAAAUCUCAGUAUGGAAACAAGCUAUCCAACCAGUUCGUUGAUGAACUGAAAUCUUCUACCAUGUUUCAGUAUGAUUGGUCGGAGCUUAUCAGCGCUGCACCAACCGCUCUCGCCUUGAUGGGAUCUCUUUGGAUCGCAGCUGCGGAUCCAAAGGCUGACAAGAUCUCCAUGGUCAAGUCGAUGCCUACUGGGGGAUUCAAGCACAUCCCCAACCGUGCCGAGCCGACCUUGAGGUCUUGCUUGGUUGAUGGUAAGAUUACCGUUGUCUUCCAACGUCUGGGUCCUUGUACUGUUGAUGAGGACGCCCUUGAAGAUUUCAAUGACGCCCUGCAGAGUUUCAACGAUGACGCACAGAGAUGCGCUAAACUCGCCACUGAGACUCGUCAGGCUUUCGCCACGUGGGGCCUUAUGGUGGGAGAACUCCAUGCAUGCACUGAAGCAGAGUCAGGUAUCACCUCUAUCCAAAAGGAAGCCACUCGCAUCCAGGAAGAGACAACCAAGGUGGAGGAGAAGUUCGCUGUACAGGCCCAGGAAGAUGCUAAAAGCCUGGUCGAAGCCGCUGCCAAGUCUCUUAAGAGAGCCGAGGAUCGUCUCGAUAAGUCCAUCGAAAAGGUCCCAAGUGCUUUGGAGAGCAUGGUUGGUGGUAUUGUCUCUGGAUUUACCCAGUCAAUCCCCCAGAUCAUGUCGAGCGUGGUGCCUCAGAUGCUUGCAGCCUCUAACCCCGGUCUCGCCGCAGCUUCUGCUCUUGUAGGAGGCUCAAUGGCGCAACAGGCCUCCGCGAAUGGGACAGCUUCCAACGGCGCACGCAACGGCUCAAACGCUGCCCCAACUGCCACCAGCGAUCCUUCUUAUGCCGCCGCAACUGGAAUCCGCGAUCUUGUCAACUACCUAUACGAAUACUUGGGAGGCGAUGCUGGACAGCCUGAUUGGUCAAAGUUUGAAUAUGACUCCAAGACUGGUACUCAAGGAGUGGCUUACUUCUUGGGCACUAUUCAGUCGCAGCAGUCCAACGUUGAGGUCACCAAUACUGAACCUAACAAGAAGCUCAUGGGAGUUUACAGUACCUUGAAGAGUGUGAUCCAAGAGAUUGGCCAGUAUCUUAAGGAUCAGAAUGACAUUUCUGCCAGCAAGUCUCCUGACGCUAAGGUGAAGUCAUGGAAGGCCACUGUCAAAGGUGCCAGAAACGAUGUUCUUUCACUCGCUGCGGCCGGAAAUGUGGGAAGCUCCAGUAGUGUACCCAAUCCAUUUGCCAACGUUCCGGCGACCAAGCCUGAUAAUUCAGCCCAAAUUGCUCAGCUGAACAGUGCUUCACAGGCUGUUCAGAUAGCCCAGAAUGCCGUUGACGCCAAGCAAGAUGCAUACGAUGCAGCUAUUGCUAAGCAGCAGAAGUCUGCCGCUGCUAUGAGCAACAUCCAGCAGAACCUCAAGAGACUCCAGGAACAAGGAAAAACUCUUGAAGAGAUUAAGUCCGUUCUGCGAAACUGCAUCAGCGUUUUGGUCGACCUGGCAGCUCAGAUCGGCAAGCUUGAACAGUUCUUCAUCAUGCUCACCACCGUUAUCGACAACAUCAUCAUGGUACGAGCCAACGACUUCACCAAGGAAAUGUCCAAGGGUGGACGCCGAGCUCUGAGGAACGGGGUUAUCAAGUUCGACGAUCUCGCCAAGACCACAAUCUACACUUCAACUCUGCAGUUGAAGGGUUACUUUUCCCUUCUCCAAGACAUCUCCCACAUGUACACUAUUGUCGACAAGCCCUACGUUCGCGAUGGCCUCGAUCUUUGUGGUCAGCUAUCGAAGGGUACUGCAUCAGGCCAGUCAAGUGUUGCCAUGCAGGAGCAACUCUCGAUCUACAUGGAUAAGACAGGAAAGGUUAUCAAGGACAUUAUUGCCAAACAGCAGAAGGAGAUCGUUGAUGGUCUCAAGGACCGUGUGAGAAAGGCUGCAGAGACCUCACAGUUGGUUGAAGACGUUAUUGCCAAGAGUGGAUUACCCGUAAGCAAGGAUGCCAAAGCAGCAAUCGAGUCUGGAGCAGAGGCGGCCAAAGAGGAUGCUAAGCGCACGAUUGACGAUAGACACAGUGAGACUGUCUCAGACAACGAGAGAAAGGACUCCAGCAAUUGGUAG